UUCUUCAUAAUAUUUUCAUCCUCUCAACAUACAUUAUAUAAGCCCUAAUUCUACACCAACAAUUUCAAUCUAUACAAACAGAUUGAUUGAUGAAAAAUGAGCAACAGAGCAAAUACUCGGAAUAAAAACAAGAGACAAAGAUCGGAUAACAGUAAUGCUGAACUUAUUUCGCAAUUAUACAGGAAAAUACACUUGUCUGGUGAAGUGUCGAAGGAUGAUAUAAAGCAGCUAUAUAUGUUUGAGAAGCCUGUUUGUAACCAAGGCUGUCGAGUAAACACAAAAGAUAACCCAAACUGUUUCUGUGGGCUCAUUCCGCCACCAAAUGGCAAUCGGAAAUCUGGGUUAUGGCAAAAGACUUCAGAAAUUGUUUCCUCAAUGGGUCCGGAUCCUUCCAAGGAUCUACGUGAUUCUCUCGACACUCCAGCUGGCCUAACAAAUCUCGGUGCAACUUGCUAUGCGAACAGCAUACUCCAAUUCCUAUACAUGAAUAAGUCUUUCAGGGAAGGGGUACUGUGUAUAGAACCAGAAGUCCUCGAAAAACAGCCUGUACUAUAUCAACUUGCUCGACUCUUUGCACAACUUCAUGCUAGUAAAAUGGCUUUUAUUGAUUCGGCACCCUUUAUUGAAGCAUUGGCUUUAGAUAAUGGUAUUCAGCAAGAUAGUCAUGAAUUCCUUACCCUGCUUUUUUCAUUGCUUGAGCAAUGUUUGAGCUACUCAAAAGUUCUCGAGGCUAGAACUGUUGUUCAAGAUCUCUUCCGUGGAGACGUGUCACAUGUUACCAAGUGCUCAAAAUGUGGAAACCAAUCAGAAGCCUCGUCAAAUGUAGAAGAUUUCUACGGGGUGGAGUUGAAUGUGAAGGGCUUAAAGAGUUUGGAUGAAAGUUUAGAUGAUUAUCUUUCUGUUGAGGAGCUUCAAGGAGAUAAUCAGUAUUUUUGUAGCUCUUGUGCAACUCGUGUAAAUGCUACUCGUAGCAUCAGGCUGCAGUCUCUCCCUCCUGUACUUAUUUUCCAGCUCAAGCGUUGUGUCUUCCUUCCAAAUACUACAACGAAGAAGAAGAUAACUUCUGCAUUUUGUUUUCCUGGACAAGUUGAUAUGGCACGAUGGUUAUCUGAGCAAAGUGAGCCUAAACUUUACGAUUUAUCAGCGGUUUUGAUCCACAAGGGUUCUGCAGUUAACAGUGGCCACUAUGUGGCUCAUAUUAAAGAUCAAGAUACAGGGCUAUGGUGGGAAUUUGAUGAUGAACUUGUCUCAGACUUGGGUCAACAUCCUUUUGGUGGUGAUUCUUCUAAUACACCUGUAAAACCUCCACAGAGUGUGCCAGCUGGAGAAUCUUGUUCCUCGGAACCCAGUGAUGUUGUAAAUGGAAAACGUAUGGAUGUUUCCCCUUCUGAAACUACUAAUGUACAAACAUUCUCAUCUAGCGACGCAUAUAUGCUGAUGUAUUCUCUCAGGCAUAAAACCAAUGGGCAUAUAAAACCAAAAAUGGGAUCUGGUGAAGGGAUGCUAAAAGAUGGAAAUUCUAUUGCUUCACAAAGUGCUUAUCUUCCACCUCAUCUUUUGAAGGAAGUUAUUGAGUUGAACAAGUCAUAUGUUGAUUCUUGUCAGCAAUACAGUAAAAAGAAAGAUGCCAAGUUGGCUCUCAUUACAGAGCGGCGACAGGAGGUUAGAUCAGUUAUCUCGGAAGCCCUUGUUCAGUCACCUGCAGAGUCCUUUUGGUGGAUUUCGGUAGACUGGUUACGCCAAUGGGCUGAUGUCAUCACUCCUGCCAUAAUUGACAAUACUCCAAUCCAAUGUUUGCAUGGAAAAGUACCCGUUUCAAAGAUUAGCUCCAUGAAGCGGUUAUCGGCCAAGGCUUGGAAUACAAUAUCUUCCAAGUAUAAAGGUGGCCCAGCUUUGGGUGAAGAUGACUGCUGCACCGAGUGCCUUGUGGAAACAGCGCGUGCCACAGUUAGUGCUGAUAGCUACAGAGAUCGACGGACACUAAUGAGAGAACCUGCUGAGUCAGCACUUGCGGGCAAGUCUCCUGAUGGACAAUUGUACUACAUCUCUAGGUCAUGGUUGAGUCAAUGGGUACGCAGACGGAAUGUUGACUUGCCAUCUGAAGCUGACACUGGCCCAACAGCUUCAAUUAGGUGCCAACAUGGUGCACUUAUGCCUGAACAAGCUGCUGGAGCCAAGCGGGUCCUAGUAUCAGAGGAUUUGUGGCUUUUUAUCUAUAAGUCAGCCAAUGAAGUAAAGCCUGAUGAUAUGAUUGGUUGUUCGGUUUUUCCCUCUGAUUCUGAAACAUGCCCUCAGUGUUCUGAUGAACUCUCAGAAGUAACAUGCCUUGAAGAUAGUCGAAGGGAUUUCAAGUUAAAACAACGCCAGUCUCAUGAGAAGCUAGCUAAUGGAAAAAGUGUAUCACUUAACCCUCAAAAUAGAUACUACUUGAUGCCUUCUUCUUGGCUUUCAAAUUGGCGAAGCUACGUCACAGCAGUUGGGAAGAAUGCAUCUUUAAUUGAAGAACCAGAAAGUCUGAGUAUUGUCAUUGAAUCUUUGAAAUGUGAACAGCAUUCAAGACUUCUUCGAAGACCUCCUAAUCUUAUACAAAAACGUGGUGUGAUUACUCAAAAGGCUCCAGCUGUAGAUGAAUUGACAAUCAUUACUGAAAAUGACUGGACAUCAUUUUGUAAAGAUUGGAACUGUGUUGAGGAAACAGGCAUAUCUGCUGAAAUUGAUAAAAGCAAUUCUGUAGAUAAUACCUUGUUGGGGACAACCGAAGAUAUGCCAAUUACAGAGGAGAAUGUUAAUUCCCUUGAUGACGCAAACGGUGACACCGAGUCUCUAGGGCCAAUAAUUAAAACUAAUCCAGAGGUGUGUGAAGAUUGCAUUGGUGAAAGAGAAAGCUGUGAACUAGUGAGGAAACUGAACUACAGUAAUGAGGAUAUAUGGAUCUGUUUUGUUCGUGGGAAAGAACCACCAAAAUAUAUUCUAGAAGGAUCUGCAAACAUGUUAGAGCCAAAUAAUCGUCGAAUCUCUAAACGAUCAAGGAGGACAUCUUAUGGGAAUUCUGUUAAUUUAAAUGUUUCUGGUACCACAACUCUCUAUGAACUCAAGAUGAUGAUUUGGCAAUCGUUCGGGAUUGUGAAGGAAAACCAGAUAAUACAUAAAGGUUCCAAUAUCGUUGAUGGGGAGACUGCUACUCUUGCUGAUGUGUGCAUAUUCCCUGGAGACGUUCUAUGGGUAACAGACUCAGAGAUCCAUGAGAACCGCGACAUUGCAGAUGAGCUUUCUGAUACAAAGAUGGAGGUGCAGCAAACAGAGGGAGGUUUCCGAGGAACACUUUUAACUUCAAAUAUAGGGACUCAGGUCAUGUCUCAAGGAUGCUAUAACUAACGAGGAUGUCUUUGUAAUGUUUUGUGCCUUUUGGUAUUACUGUACAUCGAAUCGGAAACCAACAAAUUUUGGUAAAUAUUGUGAGAAGGCUUGCAAGUUUUGUGAAUCCUAAGUCACUUGCCGAAGAUCUUCACCAUGUUCGUUUCUGCACAUGGCCCUGUUGGUAGAAGUGUGUAAAAGUAUGAGUUCAGAAAAGACUAUGGUUUUUGGUCAUUUUGGUAUCUUUGAUGAUCCAGUGAAGUCCCUUGUUUUGUUACAGAGCUCUAUAUAAUGUACCUAUUAUUAGUGGCAAUCCCGUAGCAAUGGCAUUGACCAAUUUUACUUUUUGUGAUUGCACAUAUAUAUGGUCAUCACUCUUGUUAUAUACUUUCAUUACAGAGAUGGUAAAAUGGGCAGUUGUUUAAUUGAACAUGA